AUGCGUCUCCGGGUGUGGGCCAAACUCCCGUGGUUGCUCGCGCAACUGCUCGCCAUGCUGUGCUCCACUGGACAGGCGCGUGCCAAACUAAACUCCAUCUCAACGGUGCUACUCCGGGAGUCGCACGCGACGUCAGCCGACAGGAGCACGGGUUCCCCGUUACCCGGUACCGUGAGGAAGAGCAGCAAGGUCCCCGAUCAGGUGUACCCCUGUGGCAGCGACCUGGAAUGUGGCAAGGGGAGCUUUUGCCAGGCUCCCUCCAGAAACCCCUCCCCCCAACGAUGUCACACCUGCCGACAGAGGAAGAGGCGUUGUCAUAGAGACGCCAUGUGCUGCCCCGGCAACCAUUGUAGAAACAAUAUCUGUACCCCUCUCCCAGACAGUGUGAUGACACAUCAUAUCACAGAGUUAGAAGAACAUCCCAGACUGCCCCCAAAGAAGAAGGUUGGUUGGAGGAAGAGAGGGAGAGGUCAGACCAAGCUGCCCCCCAUCAAAGGUCAGGUGGGUGACCCGUGUCUCAGGUCUACAGAAUGUUCUGAAGGUCUGUGUUGUGCCCGUCACUUCUGGGACAGGAUCUGUAAGCCGGUGCUGAGGCAUGGGGAGGUGUGUACACGGCACGGCAGGAAAGGACAGCACGGCCUGGAGUUGUUCCAACGCUGUGACUGUGGAGAGGGAUUGGCCUGCCAAGCACUCCGUACAGCCCUGCCAUCUUCCUCAUCGUCAUCGUCGUCGAAGUCGAUAGCAGCAGCAGCUAAAGCAAGAUUGUACUUGUGUCAGAGGGAGUGA